UGCAUAUAUUGCAGCUUUUUUUUGGGGGGGAGGCAUUGUCCCUGUUAUUAAUAGCAAGUGAAAUAAAAAUGCACUCCCUGCUUCAAAAAGAGAUGGAGGAGCAGCACUAUCAUGAUUUCCUGCAUAUUUCAGAAUCUAGUUAAUAAGCAAACUGCUUCCUGAAACCCUGCUUUGACUAUGUUUUAGAAAUCUGGUCAGUGUCAGUUCACUGCUGACAUAGCGCAGAGUAGCAGGCAGCACGUUGGGAUUGUGGGUGAGGGGAGUGACAGUGUGUCGUGCUACUCUUUAUGGAUGAUGCAUUCCCUCAUCCUGUUUUCUAUUCAGUCAAUAAUACAAGUAUAUCCAAGUAAGGGUUAAUAUCUCCCAGGAAAAGCAACCAUCCACUCCUGCUUUUGAGGGGGAAAAAGAAGCAAGCAAUUUUUCUCCAUCCCCAACCCCCUUCCUCAAGCCCCAGGAGGCAGAGAGUGGGGGAGUAGUGGGAGGGGCCAGCCAUGUAAUUGCAUUCAUGGAAAUUAGCCUCAGAGAAGCUGAGCUGUGCACAAGUAACAGUUAGGGUCACAGCUCCAUGCAUAUACAUCUCUGUGGUACAGGCCAGCGUUCUCCAGGACCAACUCCCUUUCCACUAGCAGUUUUUGUUCAUCUUCCAUUUCAUCUGGACGCCCUUUUUCCUUUUUCUGCUGUGCUGGCAUACACAUGCUCUCUUUCCUCCAUCUCUUGCUCCAUCUAGUGCUGUGGAAGCACCCAGGAGACUGGAACUGCUAUACAAAUCUGCUAUGGGCUCUGAAGAGAGAAGCAACAAUCUGCUGGUGAUUUAAUGUUGCAACCCAGGGCUUGCAAGGACACUAGGGCAGCAGGACAGGGGACUCACCUUGGUUCCUGGCGACCUGUCCUUACAAGAACGUCAGGAACUGGAGAAUAUCCGUCGUCGGAAGCAGGAAUUGUUGGCUGACAUUCAGCGUUUGAAGGAUGAGAUAGCAGAAGUGACGAAUGAAAUUGAGAGCCUGGGAUCCACAGAAGAGAGGAAAAACAUGCAGAGGAACAAACAGGUAGCCAUGGGCAGGAAAAAGUUCAAUAUGGACCCUAAAAAGGGGAUCCAGUUCCUGAUAGAAAAUGACCUGUUGAAGAACACUUGUGAAGAUAUUGCACAAUUCCUAUACAAAGGUGAAGGGCUCAACAAAACUGCUAUUGGAGACUACCUAGGUGAAAGAGAUGAAUUUAAUAUCCAAGUCCUUCAUGCUUUUGUGGAGUUGCAUGAAUUCACAGAUCUUAAUCUUGUCCAGGCAUUACGGCAGUUUCUGUGGAGCUUUCGUCUUCCAGGAGAGGCACAGAAGAUUGAUCGAAUGAUGGAGGCAUUUGCACAGCGAUAUUGUCAAUGCAAUAAUGGAGUCUUUCAAUCCACAGAUACUUGCUAUGUUCUCUCCUUUGCCAUCAUUAUGUUGAAUACCAGCCUUCAUAACCCCAAUGUCAAAGAUAAGCCCACAGUGGAGAGGUUUAUUGCCAUGAAUCGAGGUAUUAAUGAUGGAGGUGAUCUACCAGAAGAGCUGCUCAGGAAUCUCUACGAGAGCAUAAAAAAUGAACCCUUUAAAAUCCCCGAAGAUGACGGAAAUGACCUCACUCAUACUUUCUUCAAUCCAGAUCGUGAAGGCUGGCUACUAAAACUUGGAGGUGGCAGGGUAAAAACGUGGAAGAGACGCUGGUUCAUUCUGACUGACAAUUGCCUUUACUACUUUGAAUAUACAACGGAUAAGGAGCCCCGUGGAAUUAUUCCUUUAGAGAACUUAAGUAUCCGGGAGGUAGAGGACUCCAAAAAGCCAAACUGCUUUGAGCUUUAUAUACCUGACAAUAAGGAUCAAGUAAUCAAAGCUUGUAAGACUGAGGCUGAUGGUCGAGUGGUGGAGGGAAACCAUACAGUCUAUCGGAUUUCAGCUCCAACUCCUGAAGAAAAAGAAGAAUGGAUCAAAUGCAUCAAAGCAGCCAUCAGCAGGGAUCCUUUCUAUGAGAUGUUAGCAACAAGGAAGAAGAAAGUUUCUUCUACCAAAAGACAUUAAGAGGCUGUAACCAGCUAAUGAGGAUCAGAAUCUUAUAGUGUGAAGAAUUCUUGAUUAUCUCCUUCUGCAGUUCUACACAUGGGGAGAGAGAGGGCUGCGAAGCAGGAGCAUCUUCUGCCACUUAGCAUCGCCCUGAAUUCCUAAGGACCAGCUUCAGCUUUUGCAAAUUUUUUUUAAGCAAGUGGGGGAAGGGUCAGGGUGGGCAGUUAUCAGUUGGGGAGAAGAGGGAACCUGAGCCCUUUUAAGGCAUGGAUUCAUAAUUUUUUUUUUUGAAAAAGAACAGAGAGCAAAUCAGCUUCCCUGCAAGUCUCUCCACUCAGCAGGUCUGAUAGCAGAGCUUGGAGCCAACCAUUUACCUCUUGGUUAUUUUUCCUGUGAAGAAGCCUUCAAUUCCUGCAUCAUAGGUACAUUUAUAAAUAUAUUAUAUGUUAAAGUGAAAGGUUGAGAUGGAAGAGAUAAGCCACACACCAUAAAGAUAUAUUUUUGGCUUUAAAGAAGUUUGCCCAGAUUCAUUAUUCUCUUUCCAGUCUUGAAGACUCCCAGAUAAAUUGUGUUCUUCCCUGGGGGAUGGAGCAACAUAGGCAACACGGAUAUCUACCACCAGGCAUUGAGAAGUAAUGAGGGUAAUGGCUAUACUACCUCUCCAAUUUGCUUUGCAUUGUUCUGGCUUAGUGAGUUGGAGAAUAUCUUCUGUGGUUUGCGUCAACCAUUUAGGUUUGGGAGAAAGGUGGGGUUGAGGGUUGUGGGGUGAAGAGUGGGAAAGGAAGCAGUGAAACUUAAUGGGGUCCUCAGAUUUUAUUUUACUUGCCUACCAGGGACUUGAACAAAGUCACUACUUUGUGGACCCUGUGGUUGGUGUGGCCAUUCAUGCCAUGAGCUGCAAAACAAAAUAGAAUUCUGUUGUUGCUAGUGUUUUCUCAUUUUCACUGCACUGGGGACACUGAAGAGAAGAGAAUCGUUGGAGCUUUUGAGUACUUUUUUUUUCUUUUUCAGAAUUAAUGCUUCUCUUGACCUUAAAAAGGAAAAAAUCAGCAUUUUUCAUUGAACAAAACACCAAAUAACCAAAAUGAUGAGGAAGGCAACCCCCAUGGGUGCUUGAGAAUGAUUGACUCAGUUGUCUCAUUUUUUUUUUCUUUUCUAAUAUUUUCAGCUAAUUUCCUCAAAGCUCUAGUCCUCGUUUUAGAGGAAGGAGCAUAUCCUUCUUAGUCUCCUUGAGGUUUCAUUUUUUUUUCCUCCUUCAAUUAAGUAGCCCAUAAGUACUUCCCUAAAUGCAUCUUCACCUUAGGAUGUAAUUUUCUUGAUCCUACAGAAGUAGCAGUUCCUUACUUCCAUAGAAUCCAACCUGGCAAUCCAAAAAAACCCUGAGAAUAAUUUACCAGUGCAUUUCUUCCCAUAUGUAUGUUGAGUUACAUUUUAAGGCACAAGAAUUUCUUGCUAUAUAAAGCGGUAACUCUGUAAUCCAUUCAGAUUCCCAACAAGUGAUAGAGCCCUCAGGGCUCUCCAUCUCUGAAAAUCAUUCCGAAAAGGUAUUGGGGAGAACAAGAGAGCCUGGGGAUCAGUAGUAGUGUCCCACCUUGCCGUGAAAAUGAAUUACUGAGUUCUACCUGAAGUCUUGUAAGUGGUUUAGUGGAAUGGCAUCAAGUGUUUUUGUGGCUCGACCCUGUUUGGAAGGCAUCUGAAAAAAAAAAAAAAAAAAAAGCACAACCAGAACCUUCUAUUUAAGAGCAGAACAACCAUUGAAGGAAAACAAGAUUCGGCAAGGCUUGAGGUCUGUUGUUAAUACUAGAAUUACCUCAACUAGGUCCAGUACUUUGACAGGUUUCAUUUCCUCCUUUUGUGAGUCAAAUAAGUACACUGGUUCUAACAAGUAAGCUGUGGGGUGAAGAGGGUGAGGAAAGGGAGGCAAGUGGAUCAGUAUUAGUUUAUUUAUCAGAGAUGUAAAUAAUCUAUGUAUAGUUUUUCUCCUUUAGAUUAUUUUGUAUUUGGAAAAAGGGUUUUGUUUUGUUUUUUGGUGGGGGAAAUUAAAAGAGAUAAGUAAUUACUGAUAACAGGAUUUAUUUUAAUUAUUCUGAUUUUUUUUGUUUUUGUUUUUGUUUUUUUGUUUUGUUUUGUUUUGUUUUGUUUUGCCAUGUAAACUAGAGCCAAGAAACUGCAGCAAAUAAACUCCAAACCUUCCCUGAGCUGCACUUCUUUAUUGUCUAUUGCGUUCUUUCUAAUUCCUGGAUUGGGAUAUGGGGAUAAGAGAGGGAAAUCAUUAUUAAGUGUACCAAUGUGGGAAAGUGUAUCACAGUUUUCUAUAACUUCUUUACAACCUUCCUGGAUUUCAGUUUCUUCAUUUGUGAAAUGAGUUGAACGUGUUAACUUGUUAAGAUCUUUUCUAAAUCAUACAAAGUUGGGAGCUCAUUUCUUAUAAGAGUUUCCCAAAUAAGAAGCAAUUGAAUAUAGUUUUAAUUAAAACCCACCUGGAUCUUAAUUAAAUCAAUUAACAGGCAAUAUAAAACUUCAGUAUAUAUGUUAAACAAGAGGACUGGCCAAUGAAGGCCCAGUCCUGAGAAUUUAGUCAGGGAGUUGUUGCCUGGAGCCAAUGCAUGUUAAUGCUUGAGAAACCUGCUUCAAGAAGUACAUGAUGAUAUGGAAUGGAGUGGACCAGCUCUCCACUUCAGAGCAUGCACAGUCUUGCUUGGUGGCAACCCACAUGGAUGCUUGGAAAACCUGCUUCUGCAGAAGAGGAAUAGAGAGCUUCAAGUUCAUGUACAUGUACAGGUAUUCAGUGAUUGUUUGCUGUUGGCUUACAGCUUAAAGUCAGAAAAUCUUUUAAUUGUCUGCUGAGCAGGAACUGAUUAUGCAUACAAAAGAUAGCAACAAGCCAGAUCAUUUUUUUGUCAUUUUCUGCCAUCAUAAGAUUUAAGAAUGACUCUCAACACUUGAAGGAUAGGCAGGAUGUCCUUCCUCUUUACCAAGCCAGUGAGGACACGCAUUCUAGGCAAGCCUGCAUCUGAAAUGGGGAUACCCUUUCCUAUUUGUGUCUUCUUUCCUUUGGUACAGGGCCUUGUGAAAUCUCUAAGGUUGAAAGACUUACCAGAGAUCUAACUGCCAACAACAAGAAGGAACCAUUCUUCAGGAGUGACCUGCAAAUCCAGUCCAGCUCUGGAUCAGUUUGGUAGCCAAAUGUCUUGCUACAAAGAAGUGAUUCAUCCAGUGGCUGUGCCACGACCAGAAUGGAACUUGUUUGGGCAAAUGUUUGUAGUAGUCUGUUUAAGUUUGGGCCCAUUCUCCUCAAAGACUGAAGUGCUACAGGGAAUAGUCUGUCUCUAUUUUGUACUUCAAGUCUUACUGUAGCCUCCUGGUAAAUAUCCCUUUGUUAAAGACAUUUGGUGAUAAUUGUUUAUUGAUAAUAUUCCAGAGAUAUUAAUUAGUUAACUGAUAUUAGAGUGCUUAUCAGUGACAAUCACUGAUAUUAUGGAAACACUUUAGAAUGGGUUAUUGAGCCAGUAACAUAAGCAGGAAAACUCACUGUCUCUUAGGCUACUCUUAGAAGACCAGGUAGAGAGUCCUGGGGUGAAGGAACCUGAAGCUUUCCUGUGGAAACCCAGUUCACUACUACUAAUGGAAUCUUGGUGAGUGAAGAUGGUAAUGUGAAGAGAAUGUGGUAGAGGUAUCCCCACUGCAUUGGGAGAUUUUUAAUUGCCCAGAGACAACUUGAUCAGUUUGCCUGAUGUUAGUCAGAGAUGGCCCUCAAAGAUCUCCAUAACCCUAGUCAUCUCCAGGAGUAUGAAGACCACAACUUCUAAGAUUAUUAGAAUUUUAGCACUUCUUUCUCACCCACAGGAAAGUAUAAAGAGGAAUCACCUUAAUUUCAUUAGUAUAGGGAACUUCUGGACUUCAACCUUAGAAGAAUUGUGUACAGCAGUGAGAUUAACUUGUCCCUAACUGAGGUUGAUUGAUAUAUGUGUCAGAUGCAAGAUUUGAACCCAGGUCUUCCUGACCUUGAGACCAGCUUUUCAAACACCCUACUAUACUGCUUCUCUGAAUACUACAUUACAAAUAAAGCAAACAUCUAAAAUAUAUUUUGCUUCCAUUUUAGGCCCACUUAGGAGGAGAAUGUGAAGGGGUAAAGAGGGGACAAAAAGAUAGAUUAAUAGGCACAGAAAGCAAGGAAGACAAUCGCAAUACCUAAAGUUUUAUUAAGUUCCUAAGCAUCUCAAGUCGUUGGUUACCUGUUGAAUCAAAGUGUUAACAUCUCUUAUCACUGCUGUUUGAAAAUUCUGAUUAUCCAAGUGAUCAUUAUUCAUAACUCUUCCAGUUUUUUAUUUUAAAUUCUCAAGGGGAUAAAUAUAUUAUUUUUACAGCCCAUAUCAGUGACCAAAUCAUUUCAGAAUUACCUCACGGAUUGGUUGAAAUUGGGCCAAAGGCCAAAAGAGCAGUUCCUAACUUUUCCACUUCUUGAGCAAAAUACAAAUGUCCCCCAAGUGCCUGGAGCUGCUUUUUGAUCUACUGGAAGAACUAUGAAGUUCCUCUUCAUGUUAUGCCCAUUAAUUUAACAUAAAUUAAGCCCACUCAGAAACACACAGUAAAGAUGAAUAGACUUUUUUCUAGAACAGUAUUUCUUUUAGAAAAUCAUAAACCAGUCCCAUUCCCCUUUAGUAUACAAGAUUUCAUUUGAUUUCUUUGUGGGAUUUAGGUUAUUUUAUUUCCUAAUUGGAUCUCUCCCUUUGAAGUUUACAUGUGUAUUGUAAUAUAAACCUCCUUAAAGGUAGAGGGUGGGAGAGAUAUAUAACAUUCUGAAAAGAUUUUAUUCUCAGAUUCCUCAAAACAAUGGAGCCUAUGGACGCACAGCAGCCCAGCUCUCAUAAGAGUAUUCUGACAAGGAUUUUAAAAGCAUUAGAUGAAGAAAUGUUCAUGAAAUCAAGGAGAAACUAAAUGAAGAAAAUUUGAAGAUAUAGCCAAGAAUAAAUGUUACUAUUUUACUCAGACUACAAAUUGGACAUGAACACUCAAAUCAGGAGAACAAGAAUCCUAACAAGCAUCCUAACCCUGGCACAGAUCACUUCAAGCAAUAGCACCCUCGAUGAUGGUGGUUCAGAAAGCUGGCUAAUUGCUCUUGAAGUACUUCAAGAAAAUGCCACACUACUCAUUACCUAGAACUUAUUUAUGUAGAUCACCAACAAAGGAUACUACAUUCCUUUUGGGAGUGCACUGAACCUAGCCUGACACAAAAUUCCAGUUCAAGAAGUAAGACUGGAAAAAUAAAUAAAUAUAUGGAAAUUUUAUAGAGCUAAGGAUGAUCAAGACACAAAUCCUGAAGAAGAAAAAUAACUUCAUUUCCUACAAAGAAAAAUAGAUUUUAAAAAUUCUGGCUCAUUUUUCAUAAAUCACUAUACAGCUUUUAAUAAUAGUCAUAUAAUGAAACGAGGGAGAAAAGAAUGGAAAAGCAUUUGAUAUGUCCAAUGUGAAAUUUUGUUUUUUAUUUUUCCAUUGGGAGGAAGGUAGUAAGGACAGACAAUAAGUUCUUGUUAGUUGGAGUAGGGAGAGAGCAGAAUAAAUAAAAGUUUGCUAAAAAGAAAGGAAAUAAGAAGUCUUGAGGAAAGAAAAUUAAUAGCUUAGAACAGAAAGUGUUAGAUAUAAAUUAGAGAUGACUUCAAAAUUAAUUUGGACUGAGAGAGAUAAAUGAUUCUUUGAGAUAACAGAAAAUACUAAAACCAAGUCAGAAGAUCAAAGAAAGUGGUAAGAAAUGUAAAUUAUUUCCUAUUGGAAACAACUGACCUAAUAAAAAGAUCAAGGGAAGAUAAUCUAAGAAUAAUUAGACAAUAUAGCAAUUCCAACCAAAAGAUACGUCAUAUUUCAAGAAAAAGUGAAUUGAAGACAUAUUAGAAUCAGAGAACCAAAUGAAAAUACAAAAAAAAAAAAAAAAAUCACUAUCUCCUGAAAUAAGUCAAAAUUACCAGUUCAGAAA